AUGAGUGUUUUGUUUACUAAUGACUUUAAUGAGGAAAUCUACCAGAUUCUCAGGUAUUAUUCUGGCAAGUGUUUGUCAUUGAUGAUUUCAGGAGGCUCUAUACUGAAGUGUCUUGAUGAUUGCAGGUACGAGCAGCUGGAUACGUCCAAAUGGGAUAUUUUUUACUCUGAUGAGCGAGAAGAUCAGGAGCAGUUGAAUCAUACAGCAGCUUGUGGAUUCUUGAACAGAAUAAAUGCAAAAGUGCAUCCGAUAGACACAUCUGUGCCACUGGAGAAAGCUGCCAUUGAAUACGCAAAUGUUCUGAAUGGGAUUGUGAUUGAUGUAUGUUUGCUAGGGAUAGGUGGGGAUGGACAUAUUUGUUCUUUACUGCCUGAAUGCCCUGAACUUGAUUCCUUGCUUUAUGUGACUGCUUUGGAGGGAGAUUUUACAGUGUCACCCAAAAGAGUGACUAUUACACCAAGGUACAUCAAUGAAAAGGUUAAGGAGCUGAUAUUUGUAGUUCCUGGUAGCAAGGAGAAGAAGAUUGAGCAGCCUGAUAAAAGCAUAUUGGCAAGAAUCAACAAGGAUUAUGUUGUUAUAUUGAAAAGAUGA